AUGGCUUCGUUCAUCCAACAUGACAGCUUUAGUCAAAAUGGAACGCCUUGGCCCUCAUGUUUUGACUGUUCUGACAGGAAUUCAGAGUCGUCAGGUAAUGCUGCUUACGCGAAUGUGCCCUUCGAACAAAAGCCGCUUCAGAUAGUGGAUGAAAUGAAACAAACGGAGGCCUACCUCGCUGCUGAAAUCAGUAAGUUGACUGUGCAAGAACGAGCAAAGGCAAUGGACGACGUUCAUUGCGUUGGCGAAGAGCUCAAAGAGACACCUCAGAUGAUCGAGCGAUCCUUGAUGGAAUUUGAUCAGUUGGUCCCAAAGCUGAAAACACCAAUGUAUGACGUUGCUGUUAAUCGGAACAGAGCUUUCGUCGAAGACCCUUCAUUUCGUCUGCGGUUUCUGAGAUGCAACAUGCACGACGUCGAUCGAUCCGUACGUCAAAUGAUGGAGUUUUUAAAGGUGAAAGCAACCUAUUUUGGGGAGGAUAAGGUUGCCCGGGAAAUCACUUUAGAUGAUUUGAAUGAUGAAGAUGAGGCCUUUCUGUUGGCGGGCAUGUACCAUGUUCAGGCGGAGAGAGACCAAAAUGGGCGAGCAAUAGCAUAUUUUGCUGCUGAUAUGAUGGGGAAAUGCAAACUUGAGACCCUUAUCCAUAUUCUAUUUUUCAUGUGCAACAAUAUCUUGAUUCCUAUUCCGGAAGUGCAGAAGAAAGGGCUGGUGGUCGUACUUUAUGACAUGACGAAAGCAGGGGAGAAAUUGGCGAUGCCUGGCUUCAACUUCAUUCGGAAUUGGGGGAACGCUACGGCAGCCUUUCCAAUUCGAUAUGCUGCAAUGCAUAUGUGCCUCAAGACGCACAAUGGGAAUUUAUCGUUAUAUAAUAAGAUCUUGGAAUCUUCGAUACAAUUUCUUCCAGAACAUGGGAGAGUCCGAAUUCGCCUCCAUUAUGGCACUGAUAUUGAAAUACAGUACCACCUUCGUUCCCAUGGUAUACCCACCCGAACUUGUCCCGUCGAUUUAAGUGGGAACUUGCGUAUGGAUAUCUUGAACGCUUGGAUUGAGAAAUAUCAAGCAGAAACUGAGGAUGAGAAACAGCAUCGCUCUUUACAGCCCCAAGCUUUGGCAUCAGAAGUGGCCUCCAAUCCUCUGAUAGCACUCGAUCGUCGGCGACCUUCGCCGCAAGAUGUGAUGCUAGGUAGGGGAUGGAAAGUUCAAAACCAUGAAGGCAAUAUCCAUUUUCGACAGUUUGUGGAGGGUUACAGACAAGCAUACGAUAUCACUCCUCGGCAUCAAAGACGCGAAUUCGCUGCUAACAUUGCCCGUUUGCUCCAUGAGAGAGGAGUCCUCUUUUGGAAGAAAGCAGAGGACGGUGAAUGGGUAGAGGGUUCAUUUGAAGAGGCUGAGAAAAAGGUUGGGGACCUGUUUCGAUCAAUACGUCGGAAGCUCCAGUGA